AGUAGUCCAGAGAGAGUCAGCAGCAAAGCAGCUCAGAGAUGGAGUAGGACCUGUGCACGUACACACUCUCUCAUACACAUUCUUAAUAACAGUUUGUUCAUCCAACUGAAGCGCAGCCAUGCAGGAAUCUCCUGGCUCUAUUGGUGUGGAUGGGGGUUAUGCCAGUAACGUGCCUGCCUUCCUAACCAAACUGUGGACCCUGGUCGAGGACCCGGACACCAACCAUCUCAUCUGCUGGAGUGCUACUGGAACCAGCUUCCAUGUUUUUGACCAGGGCAGGUUUGCCAAGGAGGUGCUGCCAAAGUACUUCAAACAUAACAACAUGGCCAGCUUUGUCCGACAGCUCAACAUGUAUGGCUUCAGGAAGGUGGUGAACAUAGAGCAGAGUGGCCUGGUGAAGCCAGAGCGAGACGACACAGAGUUCCAGCACCUCUACUUCCUGCAAGGCCACGAACACUUGCUGGAGCACAUCAAGAGGAAGGUCUCAAUCGUGAAAAGUGAAGAGACUAAAGUACGGCAGGAGGACUUGAGUAAGCUGCUGUAUGAGGUGCAGGUGCUGCGCAGUCAACAAGAGAACAUGGAGUGUCAGAUGCAAGACAUGAAACAGCAGAAUGAGGUGCUGUGGAGAGAGGUGGUCUCACUGAGACAGAACCACACCCAGCAGCAGAAAGUCAUGAACAAGCUGAUUCAGUUCCUAUUCAGCCAGAUGCAAUCAAGCACACCCAGCACUGUAGCAAUGAAGAGAAAGCUUCCCCUCAUGCUGGAUGUUGGCUCCACCACGCCCCCAGCCUCUAAGUUCAACCAUAGCCACCAAAUGGAGUCCCUGCAUGAGCCCUUCUAUAUCCAGUCGCCAUCUACAGAAACUGCCUCUUGCUCCAAUAGUGCAAUGACAGGAGGACCAAUCAUAUCAGACGUUACGGAAAUGUCACAACCCAGCAACAUGGCCAUUCAAAUGCAAACAGAAGAGACAAGGGAUAAGUGUAUGAUGCUGAUCAAAGAGGAACCAGUGAGCCCAGGGGUGCGAGGCCGGGGGGAGGGUGUUCCACUGGGCUCCUGCGAGGUGUGUUCUGAACCCCCUGUCCUCCAUGUUGCCAUGGUACAGUCCGUCCUGGAGGGCAGAGGGUCUGGAGCAGAGAGGAGGAGCAAGAGACCUGCUCUGGAAAGACCAGAAGUACCUGAUGCUGUAGAUAAUGUGGACAUGAGUCUGGAGGACUUGCAGCUUCUCCUGAGGACCCACCAGCAAAGUGUGGAGCCCACCGCUGCUGUCGCAGAUCCAUUCAAUUUUAACCUGCCCUUGAGUGAGUGGAACUUUAAUGACAUGGAGUCCAACCUAAAAUCAUACAUGUUUCAGAGCCAGGAGGCAGAGGCAUACCCCAAUGCUGGAUGUGAGGAACAGUAACGGCUUGACAGAUCAGCUGGCACAGGCUAGUCCUGACAAAGAAAG